CUGUAGGUGUAGCCCGUGCACUUAUUCACGCGCUGUUCACCUCGGGCAACUUCUCUCCUACCCUGUUUAAACCCCAGAUGACGUGACGUACCGGAAUCCACGGGCAGAAGACAAACAGCACGAGAGCGCCCCUUAACCAGAACAUAUGAGGCAUUUCCAUGUGGAGCGACUCGGCUGAGUUUGCGCGGAGAAAGCUGAAUUUGGCGCUCGCGCUUUAAUCGCUCGAGCCCUCGACAUGUUCACGCGCGGCUCCAAAAAGCGCCGCUCGAAUCGCGCGGAGGAAGAUCCCGACAGAGGGCAGCCCUGCAUGCGAUGUGGAGAACAGUGUCCUGGUUUACGCAUGCACGGCUGGAGGAAGAUCUGCGUGCACUGCAAGUGUGUGCGUGAGGAGCAUGCGGUGCGCUCGGUGCCCGGACAGCUGGAGAAGAUGAUGAUGAAGCUGGUGUCCGACUUCCAGAGGCACUCCAUCUCGGACGAUGACUCGGGAUGCGCCUCGGAGGAGUAUGCCUGGGUGCCUCCUGGGGUCAAACCCGAGCAGGUAUAUCAGUACUUCGGCUGUAUUCCCGAGGACAAGAUCCCUUACGUGAACAGCCCCGGAGAAAGAUAUCGCAUUAAACAGCUUCUCCAUCAGCUCCCAGCACAUGACAGUGAGCCGCAGUACUGUAAUUCUCUGGAUGAGGAGGAGAAAAAGGAGCUGCGGUUGUUCAGUCAGCAGAGGAAGAGGGAGAACCUUGGGCGGGGAAUCGUCCGCCUCUUUCCUGUCACCAUGACCGGCGCCAUCUGCCAACAGUGUGGGAGGCAGAUUUACGGAGGAGAUAUAGCCGUGUUCGCCUCGCGUGCGGGUCAUGGCGCCUGCUGGCACCCUCAGUGCUUCCAGUGCGCCACCUGCUCCGAGCUGCUAGUCGACCUCAUCUACUUCUACCAGGACGGCCAUAUCUACUGCGGGCGUCACCACGCCGAGCGCAUCAAACCCCGCUGUCAGGCCUGUGAUGAGAUCAUUCUGGCGGACGAAUGCACGGAGGCGGAGGGACGACACUGGCACAUGAGGCACUUCUGCUGCUUCGAGUGUGAGGCGGCGCUCGGUGGUCAGCGCUACAUCAUGAGAGAGAGCCGGCCGUACUGCUGUACCUGCUACGAGUCGCUGUACGCCGAGUACUGCGACACCUGCGGGGAGCACAUCGGUAUAGACCAGGGGCAGAUGACGUACGAGGGGCAGCACUGGCAUGCGUCCGAGGUGUGUUUUUGCUGCGCCCGCUGUCGGCUGCCCCUGCUAGGCAGACCUUUCCUCCCCCGCGGUGGGCUCAUCUUCUGUUCCCGAUCCUGCUCUCUAGGGGAAGACCCCAAUAACUCGGACUCCUGCGACUCGGCCCUGCAGUGCAAAUCGACCUCGCACAAACUCAUACAAGAACGCGAUCCACCUCUGCGGCCACCAGAGGGCAGCAACAUCACCACUGGAACUGUUAAACAUUCUCCUGUCACCACAUCAACCCCUCUGUCAGAAAGCAGAGGUGUGCACACAUCCUUUUUCCACGUACAAAAUGGCAGCCCGUCGCCUCCACCUCCACCUCCACCAUAUGGACAAAUUCAGCCUCAAAGCCCACACGCUCCUACCUUAUGCAACGUGUGGGGGCCGCUGCCAAACGGAGACCACUCAAACAUGGACACACACUCGGGGCUAGAGUACACAGUGGAGCUGAACGGAUACGCAGAAUUCGGGUCCUUCCCACCCAGCUGUACUUCCAGAGGAACCUCGACAGCAAACGACACUGCGGGACAGGAGAGCGGCUCGGGAAUUCUGUCUCAUUCCCACCCUUCGCCAGAAGUUGACGCGGCAGAAGACGCAGACUUUUUCCCACCACCUCCACCCCCUGUCUUUAUCGGCCCUGAUGAUCUACCGAUCCUGACGCCGUCCGAUGAGCCCCACCCCUCUCCGCCUCCAGCCCAGUUCGGGCGGAGCAGCACAGCCAGGGUCAGCUUCAGGGAGCCGAUCAGCUCCAGCUAUUCUGUAGAGGAGGACGAUGAGGUGGAGGAGGAUGAUGCGGUUGAAAUUGGGAGGAAAGACAAAGAUGAGGUAGAGCAGGAAGACGAGGAAGACGAAGCCGAUGGAAGUUUUCGACACAAACUGCACCAUCGAGGAGGAAUGCCUCCUCGGAUGGACCUUUUGGACGGUGCGUAUCGUCGCAGUUUUCGCCAAGGGUGCACAAGCCCGCCUGGGCGCAGCCGUCUGGUCUCAGACUCCCCCCUCCACCUGGGCACCGAGAAACACUUCCGGCGCGACAGACCUCGCCUGGAUUCUCUGGAGUGGAGGGGAGGAGAACGAGAGCACGCCUCACGCCCACCAUCCAUCAUCUCGCCUGGAGACGGAAGGUCCGGCCUGACGCUCCACUCCACCCGCUACAAACACGAGGACUCCUGCUCGACCUGCUCGUCCUCCUCCGACUCCGAAGAAGAGGGCUUCUUCCUCGGCCAGCGCAUCCCUCUGCCUCCUCAGUUGUCGGGGGAGAGGGAGAGGGAAGGAGAGAGAGCAGAGACGGAGGGCAAAAGCAAGCGCAGGAGUCUGAGGAGGAGGAGACGGAGGACAGAAAGUCUCAGUGCGAAGGACAAAGACAAGGACAAAAACUGCAUAUUGUCUUGAGAGAAAGAGCGAUGGAGGAAUUUCAACUUUGUACUGAUUUUCAGGAAAUGUUUUAGAGGGUUUACCUAGGUGAAUAAGGAAGCAGCGUCAAAGACUGAUCUGUGGUCAGGGUUUAAAGCUCAUGACUUUCCUGCUUAAACACUACUAGUUAUACAGAUGUUACACCAACACUUAGACUUACGUCACUUACCCCUGUCGUCAAGAGUUGUUUUUUCGGGUGCUACAAGGCAAAUGUAAGAGGCGGCGUCCAAUGGUCUGUGAAUUGCAUAGUGUGGCAAUUUGUGUAUCGACUCCAAAAUCCUUUUUUUUUACCACUCAUCGUAUAUACCACUUUAUCCUGUAUACAGGGUUGUGGGGGGGCCUGGAGCCUAUCCCGAGGCAGGGUUUACCCUGAACAGGGCGCACACACACACACACACACACACACACACACACACACACGCCUAAUCUGCAUGUUUUCCUCCACUGCAACGGAUCAGACUUGUUUUACCAAACAGAUCUGGGGAGUUUGGAGGCCGGUACAACAGUGAAUUCUUUGCCUGAUAACCAGUGUUAUUAGUGUUAUUAGUGUUGUUAGUGUUAGGGCUGAUCGGUGUAUAUCCAGAUCUUUAUCAGGACACGGAAGUGUUAGCUAGAUCUUGAUCACAGCAUGUCUAAGUUUGUGUAACAUUUAAAAAAAAAAAAAAAAGACAGGUUGUCAAGUAAGAUUUUACCUGAGAUGGACUUCCAUUAUUGGUUUGAUUUAUAAGGUUUACCAAAAGCUUGUGUCUUCUGCCAAAAUGGUGUGUUUGAGCAGGAAAAUCUUAAGACACACUGUACUCUAAUAUGCGAGAGUUCAAGAAAAUGCUAUGGCACUGUAAUCAUCUGAAAAAAGGUCGCAGAAGGGCCUGGAGCUUAUCCCACUUAGGGCACUCUGGGCCAAUCCAUUGCAGGACAUGCACACGAAAAUACACAUAUAAUGGGCAUUUUGGGAGCGCCAGUUGACCUAAUCUUUAUGUCUUUUGACUGUGAAAGGAAACCCGCCUACCCGGAGGAAACCCGAAGUGAGGUGGGAAUCGAACCUGGACCCUGUAGGUGCAAGGCGACGAUGCUAAUCACUAAGCCACCAUGACGCAAAUACAUGAAAUGUUUCAUUGGAGCACUUUGUUCAUUUUUACCCACAGAUAUUCAAAAAUAA